AUGAAAUACCUGUUGACACAGUUUCUCUCAUUGAAGGACCUCCAGACAGCAGCUGCUACGUUAGAAACCAACACAUCUUCCUCCAGUCAGUCACUGGUCAGCCGGUCUGCUGCGUCCAACCUGACAUCCUCCAGCCCAGAGAGGACCUCCUCAUGGACCCUCAGCUCUGACCAAUCAUCUGCAACCACAGAACCAUCUAGUAAAACACCAUCAAGACUAGAAUCAUCCAGUACAACAUCAGGCAGCAAAGCACAAACCGGUCAAUCACCAACCAACACAACACCAGCCAGCCAAUCAUCAACAAUCACAGCACCGUCCAGCCAAUCAUCAACAAUCACAGCACCGUCCAGCCAAUCAUCAACAAUCACAGCACCAUCCAGCCAAUCGCCAACCACCACAACACCAUCCAGCCAAUCGCCAACCAUCACAACACCAUCCAGCCAAUCGCCAACCACCACAACACCAUCCAGCCAAUUGCCAGGCAGCACCACACCAGCUAGCCAAUUAUCAACAAUCACAGCACCCUCCAGCCAAUCAUCAGGCAGCACAACACCAGCCAGCCAAUCAUCAGCCAGCACAACGGCACCCAGCCAAUCAUCAACAACCACAACACCAGUCAGCCAAUCAUCAACAAUCACAGCACCAUCCAGCCAAUCAUCAGGCAGCACAACACCACCCAGCCAAUCAUCAACCACCACCACACCACCCAGCCAAUCACAAGGCAACACCACACCAUCCAGCCAGUCAUUAACAACCACAGUACCAGUCAGCCAAUUAUCAGGCAGCACAACACCACCCAGUCAAUCAUCAACAACCACAGCACCAGUCAGCCAAUCAUCAACAACCACAGCAUCUAGCCAAUCUCCAACCACCACAACACCACCCAGUCAAUCAUCAACAACCACAGCACCAGUCAGCCAAUCACCACGAAGUACCACACCAUCCAGCCAGUCAUCAACAACCACAGCUCCAUCUAGCCAAUCUCCAACCACCUUAGCACCAGUGAGCCAACUGGCAACCACCACAACACAAGCCAGUCAAUCACCAACCAGGACAGCACCAGCUAGCCAAUCACCAGACAAUACAGCACCACCCAUUCACUCUCCAACAAAGAUACAACUCCACUCACCAACCACCACAAGCCAAUCGUCAAGCAGAACAACAUCACCAAGCAGAACAACAACAGCCAGCCAAGCAUCAACAAAGACAGCACCACCUAGCCAAUCACCACCUAGCAUAGCACCAGCUAUCCAGUCAGUAACCAACACUGUGUCAGCCAGUCAAUCACCAGUCAGCAAUGCACCAGUCAAGACCUUAUCUGACCAUUCAGCAGGCAGUACUACAAAACCUAGCCAAACACCACUGGGCCAAUCAACACCCGGCUCAAAAACAUCAAACCAAUCAAUACUCACCUCAACAUCUUCUAAUCAUUCACUAACCACUUUGAUCGCAGCUAACCAAUCCAUUAACAGCUCAAAAACAUCACACCACGAACCAUCCAUCUUAACGUCAGAUAACCAAUCAAAUUCAUCACCAUCUGGCCAAUCCCUGACCAGCUCAGUACCAUCAAAUCAAUCAUCACUUGAUUCACUGUCAACAGGACACACAGUCAGUGGACUCUUUUCACCAGAUGAGCGUCCAGUUAAUAUUUCACUGCUCACCAGGCAAGCGAAGGAAGCCCUGAGGUCAUCGUCUCGUAGGAUUCAAGCAGAGCCAUGUGUGUUUCCCUGCCUGAACGGAGGACAAUGCGUUCAGUCGGAGUCAUGUGACUGCAGUUUGUAUCAGGCCACUGGACACAGAUGUCAGACAGUUCCAAAUCCUGGCUUUGAGAGAGAGAUGACAUGUAGGACGUGGGGUCAGUACAACUUUGAGACCUUUGACGGCCUCUACUACUACUUCCCUGGCCGAUGCACAUAUACUCUGCUGAGGGACUGUGAGGAAACCACCCAGGCCAGCAUCAUCAUCCAGGUUCACAAUGACCCUGGCUGCAACUCUGCCCCCUACACUUGCCAGCGAUCUGUUAGCCUCUUCCUUCCAUGGGAGGGUGAGGUUCGGCUGCAUGCCACCAACGUGACCUUCAAAGGCCAAAGUUUGCAGUUGCCUCAUCACAUCCACGACCUGCAGCUGGAGCACAUCUCACAGUAUGUUCUGGUGACGCAGCAGCACGGCUUCACGCUGGCCUGGGAGGGACGCAGCGGCUCCAUUUACAUCAAACUCAGCCCAGAGUUUGUGGGCAGAACCUGCGGCCUGUGUGGGAACUUCAACGCAGACGUCCAGGACGACCUGAAGACGAGUUUUGGUGUGCUGACUCAUGACAUUGAAAUGUUUGGGAAUAGCUGGGUGGAGGCGGAGCCACAUCAGGCCCGAUGUCCCAUGGUGCCUUCGGGCUUCUCUUCACCCUGUGCUGCAGUCGAUGUGCAUGUCCUACCGAAAGUGGAGGAGGUGUGUGCAAUGCUGCUUGAUCCGCCAUUUCAGAGCUGCCACGACUUUGUCAGCCCUUUGUCCUUUAUGGCCAGCUGCUCCAACGACCUCUGCAUGUCGGGUCCCAACGGUGAUGUGGUAUGCCAGGUGUUCAGCGAGUACGCCCGGGCCUGUGCCCACGCCGACCACCCACUGCACGACUGGUGGCAGCACAUUCCUCACUGUGCGAAGCAGUGUCCCCUAGGUCUGCAGCACAGGGAAUGCAUCAGCUGCUGCCCGGCGUCCUGCAACCUGGAGCGAACAUGCAUCGACAGCAAGCUGGCCUGCCUGGAUGGAUGCUACUGCCCUGAUGGUCUGAUCUAUGAGGACGGUGGCUGUGUGAUGCCCUCCGACUGUCCCUGCGAGUACCACGGCAUGUUUUAUCCGUCUGGACAGACGCUGCAGGAAGAAUGCAACAACUGCACAUGCGUGGGAGGAGUGUGGAACUGCACUGACUACAGCUGCCCAGGCGAGUGCUCAGUGACUGGCGAUAUGUAUUUUCAGUCCUUUGACGGGAGGAUCUACACCUUCCCUGCAACAUGUCAGUAUGUCCUCGCCAAAAGUCGCAACUCAGGAAAGUUCACAGUCACCGUCCAGAACGCCCCCUGUGGAGCUAAUUUGGAUGGGGCCUGCAUCCAAUCAGUUAACCUGGUUAUUGACGAGGAUCCAAGAACAGAGAUUACACUGAGUCACAUCGGAGAGGUCUUCAUGGCUGGACAGUACCGCAUCUCCUUGCCCUAUUCUGACGACACCUUCCACAUCCAGGAGUUGUCGUCCAUGUUCCUCCAGGUGAAGACGGCGUUCGGCCUGCGUCUGCAGUACAGCUGGAAUGAGUUUCGCCUUUACCUGCAGGCCGAGGAGCUGUGGAAGGACAACACGGUGGGCCUGUGUGGCACCUUCAACGGCAACAUUCAAGAUGACUUCCUGUAAGUAUUCGUUUUUCUAUCCCCAUCAGGUAUGAUAGAAAGCACUCCGCAGCUGUUUGGAAACGCCUGGAGAGUCUCGUCAGCCUGCUUGCCCAGCCUGAGUACGCCUCAGCUCGACCCCUGUGACACACACCAGCAGGCCGUGGCCUAUGCCUCAGAGAUGUGUGAUGUCCUGAACCAGGAGCUGUUCUCCGCUUGCCAUGAGUACCUCAGCCCGACAUCCUUCUUUCAGCAGUGUCGCUCAGAUACCUGUAAGUGCGGGACGCCUUGCUUCUGCUCUGCGCUGGCCCACUACGCUCGUCACUGCCGCAGAUUCUCUAUCAUCAUCGACUUUCGAUCGCAGAUACCCGACUGUGCGGUCACCUGUCCUGCCACCAUGCAGUAUGGCACCUGCAUGUCGUCCUGCCAGCGCCGUUGCUCCGCCCUCUCUGUCCCGCAGCACUGCGGGGAGGAGUGUGAGGAGGGCUGCGUCUGCCCUCAGGGGUCCUUCUACAAUCAUCGAACACAAACCUGUGUGCACAGGAGUGAGUGUCCAUGCAGUUUCCUCGGAGCCGAUUAUGAACCAGGAGAUGUGAUCAUGACGUCAGCAGGUGUUCAACUCUGUCUAAACGGUAAACUGAUGUCCCAAACAACAGACAGUGACAGGCUGUGUCCAGCUGGUCAGCUCUACCAGAACUGCUCAGAUGGAGAAGGUGGCCUCCUGUCAGGAAGUGGCGUGGCCUGCGAGCGCACCUGUGAAUCCUACUUGCUCAACCUCACCUGCUCCACACAUGAGCCCUGUGUGCCCGGAUGUACCUGCCCCCCUGGCUUGCUGAAACAUGGAGACGAGUGCUUUGAACCUGCAUCCUGUCCCUGUCUAUGGAAAGGAAAGGAGUAUUACCCCGGUGACAGAGUCUCCUCCCCCUGCCAUCAGUGUGUUUGCCAGCACGGGACGUUCCAGUGUGUGUUUCAUCCGUGUCCAUCCAUGUGCAUGGCUUACGGUGAUCGCCACUACAGGACGUUUGAUGGUCUACAGUUUGACUACGUUGGUGCAUGUAAAGUCUAUCUUCUAAAGAGCAGUGCUGAUGUGAUUGCCAGUGUAGCAGCUGAGAACGUCGACUGUUUCGACAGCGGAGUCAUCUGCAGGAAAUCUCUGCUGAUCAACAUUGGCAGAUCCUUUGUAGCAUUCGAUGAUGAUACUGGGAAGCCAAAUCCAUCCAGUGUGAUUGACAGGAAGCAGAGGAUGUUCAUCUGGCCAGCCGGAUACUUCACAGUGGUUAAUUUCCCAGAGGAAGACAUCACCGUCCUCUGGGACCGUAAGACCACCGUCCACAUCCAGGUCGGACCUCGCUGGCAGGGAAAGCUAAGCGGGCUGUGCGGGAACUUUGACAUGAAGACGGUGAACGAGAUGCGGACACCCGACAAUAUCGACUCCCCAACUCCACAGGAGUUUGGAAACAGCUGGACUGCAGCAGAGUGUGUGAACAGUCCAGAUAUCAGACACCCCUGCAGCCUCAGUCCGCUCAGAGAGCCUUUUGCAAAGCGGCAGUGUGCCGUCCUGCUCAGUGAGGUCUUCCAGGCCUGCCAUCCAGUGGUGGAUGUUACCUGGUUCUACAUGAACUGCCUGGCAGAUACUUGUGCCUGCAGUCGUGGAGGCGACUGCGAGUGUUUCUGCACCAGCGUGGCGGCAUACGCCCAACGCUGCUGCCACCAGGGUGUUCCUGUGGACUGGCGCUCUCCGUCUCUGUGCCCGUAUGAUUGUGAAUUCUACAACAAAGUUCUGGGUAAAGGUCCUUUCAGGCUUAUCACCUUCAGGGAUCGGACAAUGCUGUUGGCUGCCAGCAAGUCCAGUGGCUCUGUGUUCCUGCAGCGGGGCAACCUCAGCGCCACCGCAGACCCUGGAGUCCUCUCACAGUUCAUGAUGACGCCGGGCCUCAGCAGAGCCCGACCACACGACACAUCGCGGGUUUCCUUUGAGUCAGCCGACAGACCGAACUACUUCCUGUAUGCGAACCCCAAAGGGCAGGUGAGGCUGGCCAAGUGGGAGGAGAGCGAAGCCUUCUGGGACGGAGCCACCUUCGUCCUCCACAGGAACACCUGGAUCCCCGGCUUCGACUCGCUGGAGUCCCACGCAAAACCCGGCUUCUUCCUGUACGCCACGCUGACCCGCCUCCACUUGCUUAAAUACAGACACAUGGACAGCUUCCGCAAGGCUACGCUGUUCAGACUGACAGGCCCCAGCCCAGAAGCCCCGUCUGGUCCUCGCUGUCAGUGGCGGUACGAUUCCUGCGCCAUCCCCUGCUUUAAGACCUGCAGUGACCCGUCAGCUGAAGCCUGCAUCACCAUCCCACAAGUGGAGGGCUGCCUUCCUGUCUGCCCCCCACACAUGGUCCUGGAUGAGGUCACUCGUCGGUGUGUCUAUGUUGAAGACUGCAUUAAGGUACCAGUUACUGUGCAUCCUGUAACACCGUCCACUGCUCAGCUGACCUCUGCAGCUGUCACUUCUGCAACCACCACAAGCACUGCUGCCUCCACCACCCCCCUCAAAACCACCAUCACCACCACCACCACUGAGUCCUCCACCCCUCCACACACUGGUUCCACCACUACUGCCGUGAGCACACAGACGACCUCGUCUGAGGCAACACCCGCCCCUGAUGAGCCGACCCGUCCGGCCACCGUCUCUCCUUCUGCAGCUCCUGAACUUUCCAGAACAACAGGAGCCCCAGCCCCUUCUACAGAGCCCCCUGCUGUCAGGCCAGAGGUGGUGGAGCCGCUGUCUACUGUCAGAGUGACUGAAGUCUUGCCCACCACUGUAUCGAGUACAACAGCAUUGACGCCCAGAGAUUUGAGCUCUACUAUCAGCCCCUUUGGUCCCAGCACAUCCAGGACUACUGGCUCUCCCUUCACCAUCACAGCUCCAUUUUUGCUCACCCCCUCCAUCAAACCCACCGACUUUGUGCAGCCGCUCUUCACCACUACUGCUGUGACCCUGCAGCCAUCUACCACUGCAGCACCGACAACAAGCUCUGUCGAAGGGCCGACCACCAUCAGUACCCCUCCUCCUGUUGUUCCAACCAAAGCGACCACAGGGGCUACAACACAUUCAGCAGCAUUUACUCCAAUUAUAACCACUUCUAAACCAAGUCCUGCUCCAGUUUCAGAGACAUCUAUAGUUAUAGACAGGACUACUGUACCCAGUACAGCUACCACUGAAUACACAGGCCCCAGCACAAAGCUUGUAACAAUGGAGCGACUUCCCCCAACAACAACAACUAUACCCUCCCCUCCUGGUUUACCAAGCACAGCCUCCACAACCUCUUCACCUGUCCCGACCUCACCUCCUCUAGAAACAGGAACUGUAUCUCUGCCCGUAGUCACUUCAGCUAAAACCACAGAAUCAGUCACACCAGUUGCACUGUUCACCACCAGUAAAACAACACCGUACAUAGGUCCAGAGACAACAACAUCUCCUGUUACCACAAAGAAGAUUCUCCAUAUUACUCCUACUGAACUGACGACUUCUACAACUGCUCCUAAGUUACCUACAUCAACCCCAACGCAUGUUGCACCAGCUACAACUAUACCAUCUGCUCCAGCCUUGGCUACUACAGACUGGAGAACAACAACAAAGAAAGUGACAAUACUUGAAUCCACUGUGUCUGAAAUACCUGCAGCUACCACAGCUGCACCUCCACCUCUGAAAAUUACUGACACCACAACUUCUCCUGUGUCCACAUCCACAAUCUAUUCUGAGAGAACCUCCUGGUCUGCUGCCAUCCCAACAACAGAGAAAACCACUCAGACCACACCUCCAGAAGUUCCAGAAACGUCCACCGUGUCCACAGGUCCAACUGUACCACCCGUGUCUCCUACAGAAACAACUACUGUACCACUUUUACCAACAAUAGAGAGAUCCACCCAUCUUGCAUCUACCGUGCGGACCUCUGAGCCGUGGCGUCCCCCCUAUCGGGAGACCUCCUCCACCCUGGUCUACAGCCCCACAGUGAAGACUACACCAGAGGUCACUUCUGAAACUGGCAUCCACAUGGUCACUUCCACUGAAACUACCGAAGUGCCUCACCGUCCCAUAACACCAAUCGUCACCUCUGCGACAUCAGCUGCUGCCACAGCUACCACAGCCAAAACUACGUCUCCUGAAAUCUUAACUACAGAAAUUGCAGCCACCACAACAAGGACACUGGUUACACCCCCUUCUCCACCUGUAUCUGGUAUUCCUGAGACACCCCUUACUACAUUCUCCACAAGAGCCCCACCAGGUGUUCUUACCACCACUCUCAGACCCGUCAUUGUACAGCCAAUUACAGAGACGACACAUCCAGUGACUGGCAGAGUGGAGGUUUCAACGAGAGCUACAUCCUUACCCCCUCCGUCUUGGUCUCAGCUGCACACAGCUUCUUCCACUGCAGCUCCAAGGCCAACAACUGUUCUGGACAAAGUCACCACCCGGCUGGUGUCCACUACUAGAGCUACACCUGCUACACCAACCACCAUCACACAGACGACCACUGUCAGAACGACACCCAGGGUUCCUGUGACAACAAGAGUUACCCCCAGAAUCACGUCGACUCAAAGGUCAACGGUCAGGCCAGUCACUGCAAGGGUUACAAUAGCAACAAGACCCCCAGCUGUAACCACCAGAUCAACCACUCUCGGGCCACCGACUGUCACACCAAUCUCUGGCACAACAACCAUGUCAGGAGUGCCAACUACAACCAUCGCAACAUCGGCAGAGUCCGUCAUUACAGCGAGCACGACCCAAGUGGCCGACACAACCGCAGCAGUUUCCGGCAUGACCACCAUAACCGCUGCAGCGCCUGUUCCCACUAUAUCAAUAGCCACAGUAUCUACUGCUGUCCCCACGAUGACCACCAGAGAAUCCGUCACAUCCGAGAAAACUCUGACUACCAAAGAGACUGACAUAUUACCAUCCACAUCCCAACCGGUGACAAUUCCACCUGAUACACUGAUCUCCACCCAGAAACCCAGUGUUCCCACUUCUGUUUCGACUUCACUCCCAGCAGCCACCUCAGUCCAAACUACUGAGCAGGACGGAGUCGAACAUACCAGUCCGGGUGCAACGACGCCUCCUGCACCGGCGACACCUUACACACCCCUGGAAACGACCAGACACACAACGUCCAUGGCUGUAUCUCCUACAAGGAUGUGCACUCCUCCAUAUGCAGAGAUCGUUGACGAGUGCACAAAGUACAUCUGUGUCAACAACCAGCUCAUCCUGUUCAACAAAUCCCAGAGCUGCCCGUUCGCUGCCGACCCUCCGAACUGCGGCCUGCUUGGCUUUGCCAUACUGGUCAAUGGAGACAAAUGCUGCCCUCAGUGGGACUGUCCAUGUCGCUGCUCGAUGUUUCCGGAUCUGAAUGUGAUCACAUUUGAUGGGAACAGCGUUGCCAUCUACAAGGCAGCCUCAUACAUAGUGACCCAACUGCCCAAUGAGACCAUCAGCGUCCUGGUUCAGGAGUGUCCCGCUGAUUCCGACUCACCACUCCUCUGGAAUUUCACAAACCUGUGUCUGGUGGCGCUCAACAUCACCCACAAAUCCAACCACAUCAUCAUCAACAGGCUGCAGAGGAGGCUCUACGUCAACUCGCGGUAUGCCAAGCCUCGGUUCAAAAAGUUUGGUUUUGAGAUCUACGACACAGGCAACAUGUACCUGAUCCGCAGCCCGGCUGGUCUCAAGCUGCAGUGGUACCACAGCACCGGCAUGAUGGUGAUCGACAGCGACAGCUCCAGCAACAAGCUUCCCACCAUGGGCCUCUGUGGUUUCUGUGAUGGAGACCCAACAAAUGACCUGACUUUGGCCAACGGCACCAUAUUGGGCGCCAGCGAGGAUCCAGCCCUGUUCAUUGACAGCUGGCAGGUUCCCAACACCACCAGCUACAUCAGCCACAUCCGCCGACGGGAGCACAACUGCUCCACAAGCGACUGCUCCACUUGCCUGGCCAUGCUGCAGAACCAAGCCUUCUCCCCAUGCCACGCCUUUGUCCCACCAAGCACAUUCUGUGAGGUUUGGGUACGAGAUGCUGAGUACGUCAACAACCAGUGUGUGGCACUGGCAGCCUACGUGGCUUCUUGCCACAAAUUCAACAUCUGCAUUGAGUGGAGGAGUCCAGAUUACUGCCCCUUUAUGUGUCCCGACACUCUGCGGUAUCAGGCCUGUCUGCCGGCCUGCACGUCUCAGUCCUGCCCCAACCACGACUUCGACUCGGACCCGGACCAGUGUUCAGGCCUGACUGAGGGCUGCGUGUGCCCUGAGGGAACGCUCCUCCACCGGCCUUACUCCGCCCUCUGCAUCUCACCUGAGAAGUGUGCCUGCACUGACAGCGCCGGCAUUCCUCACGCACACGGCGAGUUAUGGAAAGCCUCGAAGGACGCCUGCUGCAUGUACCGCUGCGACAAUGACACCAUCGUUCCCGUGGAGUACAACUGCUCCAACGUGGUGUCGCCGGUGUGCCAUCGCGCAGGGGAGAUGAUCAUCAGUCUGGCCGACGACACCAGCUGCUGCCCUCAGAAAGUGUGCGUAUGUAACCAGAGCUUGUGUGACCUGCUCCCUCCUGAGUGUAAAUAUGGGGAAAAGCUGGUGUCGUACUACAGACAGGACUCCUGCUGUCCAAGUUUUGCCUGUGAGUGUGAUCCUGAACUCUGUGAGUCGGAUGUUCCCACCUGCAGAGAGGACCAGACUAUGAUCGCCACCAGGGCCGACGGCAGCUGCUGUCUCGCUCACAUCUGCAUGUGUUCUUUGUGUCCCGAGACGCCUCCUCUCUGCCUGGACGGCGAGAUCCUGACGGUGGACAGUAACACCACAGACCGCUGCUGCCCCGCCUACCAAUGUGUGUGUGAACCCUACAGGUGUCCUCAGCUUAAUUGUCCUGUUGGGAUGUCGGUGGUGUCCGUGUCCAGUCCAGGUCGCUGCUGUCCCAACCAAACAUGCGAGUGUUCCUGUGAAAAGAUCGCCUCCCCAAAAUGUGGCCUGGGAGAAGCCGCCCAGCUGGACCGGGCUUUCCUGUCCGACCCACAGAACCAGUGUGCCUGCAAACGAUACAAGUGUGUGCGCGAGGCGGUGUGUGUGUUCGGCGAGCGAGGCGUGUUGCGCCCGGGCCAGACACUGGUGGAGCACGACGACGACGGCUUGUGUCACAGCAGGCAGUGCAGCCGCAGCCUCGACCCGGCUAGCGGAUUCCACCUGCUCCGCACCAGCAGCAUCAACUGCUCCGCCCACUGCCAACCAAAUCAGAUCUACGUCCCUCCAAAGGACCAGUCGUCGUGCUGCGGUGUUUGUAAGAAUAUUUCCUGCCUCUACCAACAUGAAAAUGGGACAACAGUUCUCUAUAAGCCGGGGAAGUCCUGGGUAUCAAACUGCGUGAAGUUUGACUGCUCAGAUACUCUGUCCGGACCCACGCUCAUCACCUACUCCUACAGCUGCCCACCAUUCAACGAAACUGAGUGCAUAAAGAUCGGUGGAACUGUCAUAAGUUACAUGGACGGAUGCUGCAAGACAUGCAAAGAAGACGGGAAGUCCUGUCAGAAGGUGACGGUGAGGAUGACGAUCCGGAAGAAUGACUGUCGCAGCAACAGGCCGGUGAACAUUGUGUCAUGUGACGGGAAGUGUCCAUCCGCCAGCAUCUACAACUACAACAUCAACACAUACGCUCGUUUCUGCAAGUGCUGCAGAGAGACAGGGCUGCAGCGGCGAUCUGUACAGCUCUACUGCAGCAGCAACGCAACCUGGGUCAGCUACACCAUCCAGGAGCCCACAGACUGCUCCUGCCAGUGGUCCUAAACACACACUCAUUACACUCACCCACAGACACACAGUGUUUAGAAACACACUCUCUAAAACCACAAGAAAUAGAAGAAGAGGAAAAAGAAACCUCAGCCAUGUUGUUUAAAGAUGGUGGGAGAGUGGAAUGCUGAACUCUGAUUGGCAGGACCGCAUCACUGCAUGACUUCCAGUUAGUUGGUGUCUUGGUGUCUCUGCUGGCAGGGAGGCGGUACUGCAUAGCAGCCAAGCAGGUUGUAUGCAACCACAGGGCAGGAAGGGGACCUUUGACCUCUGCUACUUACCAUCAGAGGUAAGCAAAAAAACAUCUCAAAAAGACAAGUGUGACACCUCAUGAUGAAUUUGUCACUAAAUUUUGAUAGGAUCAAAUAAAAAUUAGAUUUUACAUUUUUUAUUACAUAAACGUACAUGUAUUGCUAGUUGUUCUAGUAUUAAACUUUGCUUUAACAUCAGUAAAGAUGUCUUUAAGGAUAGGUUAUGUACAUUGAAACAGGCUUGCUUGCUGGAAUCAUUCCUCCUGUUUAUAUUGGACAUUAAAAAUCCCUCCCUUAUGUGCAUUCAGUGUCCACAAAAUCCACAGUCCUCAUUCUGUAAAGAUGUAUUAUUAUAAAAUCUCUUUAGUACAAAGUUCCCUGUCUCUCUUUCCCGGCAAGUGUUUCUGUUCUGAGCUGUGAAGGAGGGACAGUAACUAAAAGAGCGAUGUUUAUAUUAAAAACAAAGGAACUUUGGAAGAUACUCCCUGGAUUUGUGUAACUCAGACUUUUGACGCCUCAUAUUAACGUCAAAUAAACUUUACGUGAACGUGUUUUUGUCCUCCAUCUCUUACACUGGAAUCACAUUAGGAAAUUUCUUAAAAGCCAGAAUGAAGAGGAGGAAUGAAUAAAUCAAACAACGCCUCUUUCAAUGUUCAUAUGGGCACCCGGCUAUUGUUUUAAGACAGAUAACAUAGCGGGGCAUCUAAUACUCACCAGUAUAUCUUAAUAUAUGACAUGAAAUGAGUAAUUUAAAAUUUAUAAAGACUUCAAAUAAUGCAAACUGUGGCAUUCUGGCAGUGAAGUUUUUCAGCAUUUUUAACUUUCAAGGAAACCUAAAUUAAGACUAUUCAUGUGGCCUUUAUUGAAAAUUGAUUGCCAUGGGCAAAAUUCCAUGCUAUAUAUUUUUGAAAAUAAAUGAUCAGAGCACAGAAAUAGAAGUCAGUCCCUUUUAUAAUUUUACCUCACUUGGUGUUUUGCUGUAAGCAACAGCAAGUUUGCUCUCUUCCUGUUGAGAUUUUUUUCCUAUGAUGUGAAAUACAAAGUAGACACAGUUCAUUGAAGUUGUUUCAUGUCUCUAAAUACGGUUCUGAUAAUAACUGAUAUAAAGAUGAUACAUUCACACCUUUAAAAACACACAAUAAGGUGCUAAAAGUUCCUGCUUUACCACACUGCUGCACUGCCACCUCCCUGCCAGCCUGCAGAGAAAAGAAAAUGUUAGCAAAGGAAUAAGUAAGUUGAUCUUUUGUUCUGGAGUGGGAAGUCGUUUCUCUGCUCAUCUUCUCAGAGCGCUACUGUGCUGCCAUGGCUGAAAGGAAAAUAUAAAAAUAUAUAAAUUAAAACCUUUUUUAAAAAGAGGUUUGAUCCAGAUAAUCAGGAAACGAGCCCUGAAGUGUGAUCCCAAACACCUUCUCAGCUUGGUUCAGUCCAUCAUCAUCAUCAUUGUCAUCAUCAUCCUUUGAAGAGUCAUAUUUUACCCAGAAUUCCUCAUGUUAUGCCUUGUUUUUGUAAAUAACUCAAGUUUCAAUAUCAAAUUCUUAGAUUUCAUUUCAUUAGAAAGACAACAAUAAACUGUUUAUUUGGUGAUAUGAAAUAUACUUUAUAUAAUCAACACUAGUGAGGUGUAUUAACUGAAUUAAAUCCAGCUGUAUGUGGAGCACUUUAUUUAUUUAUUGGAGUUCGACAGAGCACAGUUCUGAUUUUGUGGACGACAACAUGAAGAGAAGAGAAGCAUUUGGCCCAACUGGAAAACAAACAAACCCAACAGGAUCCUAAACUUUGAUUUGCUUUUAUUCCCGAUUGCACCGUGAAGGCAAAGAAAAUAUUGGUGCGUUAUAGAUGCGUGUUUCUCUGUGGACUAAAUUUGUUUUAUGUGUUUGUUCAUAUCAAGCAGACCCACCUGGAUAGUCGAG